CCCGCCCAACAGCACACGCGUGGCCCAGCUGGACCUUGCCCCAAGUCUGAUGAUAAGGCGCGGCGAAUUCAUGCCAGGGCCCCCCGGCAAUGUCCCUUCCCUCCCCGGAACCGAGCUCAGCUAGCGGGACAGGACGACAAGAAGGUCAGACUUAACAAGUCAGACGUGUCCAAACGGUUGUCAUGGGCUCUGGCAGCUGGGUUUGUAAUCCUAUUUUAGAGAUCUGGAGUUGGAAUGAGACCCAGCCACCUGGACUACAGAUAUUCAGCCCAUGCCUCCUGAAUGCAGUGGUGGCCUGGCUCCCCUCAAUCUACCUGUGGGUCAUUAGCCCUUUCUACUUCCUCUACCUCCACUACAACAACAAGGGCUAUAUUCGGAUGUCAUGCCUCUUCAAAACUAAAAUGGUGCUUGGAUUCAUCUUGAUCAUCCUGUGCUCUUCUAAAAUAAUCUUCACUCUUUGGAAAAUCAAAGGAGGAACUCCACAAGCUCCUGAAUUCCUGAUUAACCCUACUGUAUGGCUCGUCACAAUGAUCCUGGCUCUGUUCCUAAUCCAUUCAGAGAGAAAGACGGGCAUCCAGUCAUCAGGGGUACUCUUCAUUUAUUGGCUGCUCUGCUUCCUCUCUAUGGUGGCCAUAGUCAGUGCCACAGUGUACCAAGUCCAGCAAGGAGGCUUCCCAGAAGAUGCCUUCCGCCACCUCAUAACCUAUUUUUAUUCAGCUCUGAUUGGUGCACAGUUUGUUUUGUCCUUCCUAGCUGACCAACCUCCAUUCUUCUCAAAAAUCCUGCAUGACUCAAACCCAUGUCCUGAAUCUGGGUCCUCGUUUCCUUCCAAAGCCACAUUUUGGUGGUUUUCUAGACUAGUGUGGCAGGGCUACAGGAAGCCCUUAGAGCUGGAUGACCUCUGGUCACUUGGGAAAGAAAAUUCAUCUGAGGAAAUCAUAUCCCAGCUUGAAAGAGAAUGGAAGAAGAUCUGUAACAAAGCCCAACAGACCAAAGAGGAAAUGGGAUUUGAAAGGGGUGGAGGAAACAGAGAUGAAGCAACAUUCCCUCCAGAGACUGAAGCUUUCCUUCAGGGGCACCAGAGUUCUCGACUCCCUUUGCUGAAGGCUAUCUGGAAAGUAUUUAAAGUUACCUUCCUCCUUGGGACUCUCAGCUUAAUCAUCAGCGAUGUCUUCAGGUUUGCUGUCCCAAAGAUCCUAAGCUUUUUUCUAGAGUUCAUCAGCGACCCUGAGGCUCCAGCCUGGAAGGGCUAUUUUUAUGCAGUGCUACUCUUCCUUUCUGCCUGCCUACAAACCCUAUUUGAGCAACGCCACAUGUAUGUGUGCAUGAUCCUGGAGCUAAGACUGAAGACAGCUGUGAUGGGCCUGGUGUAUAGGAAGAUUUUAGGUCUCUCAAGUGCCAUGCGGAAAACUGCUGCAGUGGGAGAGAUCAUCAACCUGGUGUCUGUGGAUAUACAGCGGUUGAUGGAUGCUGUUUUGUAUCUGAAUGGUCUCUGGCUUCCUGUGGUCUGGAUGAUCAUCUGUUUCACAUUCCUUUGGCAGCUCUUAGGUCCAUCUGCUCUGACAGCCAUUGCGGUCUUCCUCAUCCUUCUCCCUUUGAAUUUUGUCAUCACGAAGAAAAGGAGUCAUUUUCAGGAGGAACAGAUGCUGCACAAGGAUCACAGGGGCCAACUGACGGAUUCUAUCCUCAGGAACAUGAAAAUCAUCAAGUUACAUGCCUGGGAAGAAGCUUUUAUGGAGAAGAUAUUAAGCAUCCGAAGAAGAGAACUUCAGGCCUUAAAGAACUCUGGAUUCCUCUUCACAGUGUCUUUGGUGUCCUUCCACUUGUCUACAUUUCUGGUUGCCCUGGUCAUGUUUGCUGUCCAUGCACUGACGGAUGAGAAGCAUGUCCUAGAUGCUGAAAAGGCUUUUGUGGCUCUGGCGAUUAUCAGUAUUCUCAACAGGGCCCAAGCUUUCCUGCCUUUUUCCAUCAAUACCAUCUUCCAGGCUUGGGUUUCCUUGGGACGCCUAGCUGCUUUCCUCCAUCUGGAAGAGGUAGAGCCCAGAAAAAUUAACACAAGCCCCAUGGGGGAAGAAUGCAUCUCUGUCCAAGAUGGCACCUUCACAUGGUCUCAGGAAAGCUCUCCCUGCCUUCAAAGAAUAAACUUGGCUGUGCCACAGGGCUCCUUGUUUGCUGUAAUUGGCUCAGUAGGUUCAGGGAAGUCAUCAUUGCUGGCAGCACUCCUGGGGGAGUUGCCCAAGUUGGAGGGAUAUGUGAAUAUUAAGGGUUCAGUGGCUUAUGUACCCCAAGAAGCCUGGAUCCAGAAUGCUUCAGUGGAAGAGAAUGUGUGCUUUGGACAGAAGCUGGAUAUUCCAUGGUUAGACAGAGUUAUGGAGGCUUGUGCAUUUCAUCCAGACCUUGCAAGUUUUCCUGCUGGAAUCCACACAGAGAUAGGUGAACAGGGAAUUAACCUUUCUGGAGGCCAGAAGCAGAGGCUGAGUCUGGCUCGUGCUGUGUACAAGAAAGCAUCUGUCUACCUACUGGAUGACCCUCUUGCAGCCUUGGAUGUUCAUGUUGGCCAGCAUAUCUUUGACCAUGUCAUUGGGCCAGGUGGACUGCUCCAGGGAAUGACUCGCAUUCUUGUGACCCAUGCAGUUCACAUCCUACCACAGGCCGAUCAUAUCAUUGUGAUGGCAGAUGGAGCAAUUGCUGAAAGUGGCUCCUAUCAAGAGCUUCUACAGAGGAAUGGCCCUUUUGUAGACUUCCUGGGCCAGUCGAAACAGGAAGAGGCCAAUCACAGCCAAGAAAUGAAGUUUUCAGAAGUUAAGAAGAGCUCUGGGAACAUUUCAGAAAGUGGGGCAUCUGCAGGAAAACCAGACAGCAGCUGCAUCCAGAAUUACCGUGAAAAGGGCAGCACAACCUUACAGAGCCAGGCCGAGGGCACCAGGAUGGCAGGACAGCUGACUGAAGGGGACAGAGUACAGUACGGCAGGGUGAAUGCCACUCUGUACCUGGCCUACCUGAGGGCAGUGGGGACACCGAUCUGCCUUUCCGUGGUGUUUUUAUUCCUCUGUCAGCAGGUGGUCUCCUUCUCUCGAGGUUACUGGCUCAGUCUUUGGGCAGAUGAUCCCAUCGUGAACGGGACCCAGCAGCACACAGGACUUCGGGUUGGAGUCUUUGGGCUACUAGGAUGUUUCCAAGCCAUUGGAAGGUUUGGCUCCAUUGCGGUCGUCCUACUUGGGGGAGUUCGAGCGUCUCAACGGCUGUUCCAGGGGCUCCUGCAUGAUGUGGCCCGGUGCCCCAUGACCUUCUUCGAGCAGACACCUAUAGGAAAUUUGCUCAAUCGUUUUUCUAAGGAGACCGAUGCCAUCGAUGCUGUGAUCCCAGACAAGUUCAAGUCCUUCUUGGGCUUCCUGUUUGGACUUUUGGAGGUCACCUUGGUGGUGGUGGUAACUACUCCAUUGGCUGCAGUGGUGGUCCUGCCCCUCAUGGCUCUCUACGUUGGGCUUCAGAACCUGUAUGUUGCCAGUUCAUGCCAGCUGAGGCGCUUGGAGUCAGCUAGCCGCUCACCCAUCUACUCCCACAUCUCAGAGACCUUCCAAGGGAGUGCUGUGAUCCGGGCCUUUGAAGCUCAGGACCAGUUUAUUGCACAGAAUGACUCACGGAUAGAUGAGCACCAGAGAACCAGCUUCCCCAGACUGGUCGCUGACAGGUGGCUGGCAACCAAUAUGGAGCUCCUAGGAAACAUCCUCAUCUUCACUGCCGCUUUCUUCGCUGUGUUCAGCAAGCCCCACCUGAGCCCGGGGAUUGUGGGGUUUUCCGUUUCAAUGGCUCUCCAGGUGACUGAGAUCCUGCACUGGGCAGUGCGCUCCUGGACGGACCUCGAGAAUAACAUUGUCUCCGUGGAGAGGAUGAAGGACUACUCUAGGACCACCAAGGAGGCUCCUUGGACCAUGCCCCAGAAUGGGGUCGGUCACAACUGGCCUGCUAUGGGGCAGAUUGAAUUUCGAGGCUACAGCUUAAGGUAUAGGCCAGAAUUGGCACUGGCUCUGCAGGAUCUGACUUUGAAAAUUCACCCCCAGGAAAAGGUUGGCAUUGUUGGCCGGACAGGAGCAGGGAAAUCAUCCCUCACCAUUAGCCUCUUGAGGCUCAUUGAAGCUGCAGAAGGAGGGAUCUGGAUUGAUGGGGUGAAUAUCUGUCAAGUGGGGCUCCAUGCCCUGAGGUCCAAAAUAACCAUCAUCCCUCAGGACCCAAUCUUGUUUCCUGGCUCUGUGAGAAUGAACCUUGAUCUCUUGGAUGAACAUUCUGAUGAUGAGAUUUGGGGGGCACUAGAGAUGGCUCAGCUUAAGACCUUCAUUUUAGGUCUCCCUGGCCAGCUACAAUAUGAGUGCUCAGACCAAGGAGACAACAUGAGUGUAGGCCAGAAGCAGCUCUUAUGUCUGGCCAGGGCCUUGCUCCGGAAAACCAAAAUCCUUUUCCUGGAUGAAGCCACAGCUGCUGUGGAUCCUCAGAAUGAUCUCCAGAUCCAGGCCAUCCUCAGAGAUCAGUUUGCAGAUUGCACAGUGCUGACCAUUGCCCACCGUCUGCACACAGUGAUGGAUUGCAACAGGAUUCUAGUCAUGGACAAUGGAGCAGUGGCAGAAUUUGGUACCCCGGCCCAGCUGCUGGCUCAGAGGGGACUGUUCUACAGAUUGGCAGAAGAGUCAGGCCUCAUCUAAUCAAGUUCUGCAGAGCCAGCUAUUAAUAUAUCUUCACAAAAGGAACAGAGGGAGCAUCCACCCCCAAUCCAGGAUAGACUCACGCUUGGCCUAAAUUUCAAUGCUUCUGUGAAGUGGGACCAGACUCCUAAGGCAAGAUCUACUCUAAGUGGAUGGAGAGAAAAGGAAUUACCAUCUUUGUUAAUCUUUGGCCAUACGGGCAAAUGGUUCCCUAUAGUUUGGGGCCCAGUGGAUUUUUGUGUCCCAGAGAUUCAGAGAAAUAGCUCUGGGGUUAUUAGUUCAUUUCACUAGAGUGCUGGUUCUUUAAACCCAACUGCACUACCAGAGGACAACUGAAUAGGAAACAGGGCAGGAGUGGGGCCCAGAGGACCAUUAGCCCCUGCCCUACACAGAGUCAAUACCAGCAUCCUGCCCACCCUCCCCUGCUUUAUUUCUACCCCGCCAUAUUGGUGCUGUGAAUCAAGUGCCUGCAGGAUCCCGCCACAUACUUGUUUCAAGGCCUGAGUGAGAAUUUCCUUUCAGAACUCACCACCUCAGAAACCUAAGGCAAGUCAAGCAAAGAGAGCAUGGCAUAGUAGAGAGAAGGCAGACCUUGGAGUCAGGAAGAGAUAGGUUAAAAUUCUACUUCUGACACAUAUUAGUCUAAUGAAUGUUGACAAGUCACUUAGUCUCUUAAUGCCCUAAGUCACAUGUGACUCGACAAUCUGCAUUGUUAUAAUAUACACAUAGACCCCACUUUUAUUUAGUUACAGACAUAUGUUUUCGUCUAUGUGGGGAACUCUCAGUGUCCUCCAAUGUACUCUAUUAACUGCUAUAUCACUAAUAGUCUUCAUGAAUUGAUCAGGGGGUUUGCCCAGCAUCACGUCGCUAGUAUAUGUCAGAAGCAGGAUUCAUAUCCACCUUUUCCUGAAACCAAGGUCUUCCACCUACUAUACCACACCGUGCGUGCCCAUCUUUCUCCUACUGAAAUGCCAAACCACUGAAAGUUUUUGCAGUUGACCCAUACUCAGUUUGUAUAGCCUGUGGCUCAUUGUCAAGGCUGUGGUCUUAUGGACCUAGGUCAACGUUGCACACUUGUUCAUGCAAACUUCUAUUGCCCCAUCCAGGGUUUGGGGGACUUUGGUUCGGAAAAGGAACCUCAGUUUCCAUGCAAGUGCUCAGGAUAACAAAAUAUCAACCACAUCGAACUCUUUUUUUGUUUGUUUGUUUUUUGGUUUUUGUUUUGCGGGGCAAUGGGGGUUAAGUGACUUGCCCAGGGUCACACAGCUAGUAAGUGUCAAGUGUCUGAGGCGGGGUUUGAACUCAGCUACUCCUGAAUCCAGGGCCAGUGCUUUAUCCACUGCGCCACCUAGCUGCCCACCACAUCCAACUCUUAAUACUAGUGUGACCGGGAUCACUUCACAGGGUUUCAUUUUCCUCAUCUACAAAUGAGGUUGGACCAGAUUAUCUCUGAGAUCCUUUUCAGUUUGGGAUAAAUACUUCUAUGCUUAUGAGACACACUUCAUCUGGCCUGUGCUACAGUUUGGCCACCCAUCUGGAAGUGGAUUUGGUGCUUCAGAUGUGGCUAACCUUAAGCUUGAAUGACAGAUAUACAGAGCACUCUGUUCACUAAUAAAAAACAUUCCUGUGUCUUUUCCUGGUGUCAGUAGUAAGUAACCCAUAUAUAUUUUCUACCUCCACAACAUCUGCAUCCAAACCAAAAUUCUUUCUCUACUUAUAUAAUCAUUAUCCUAAUUCAGACCCUCAGUUUUCACCUGGAUUAUUGCAAUAGUCUCUUAAUUUUGUCUCUUUGUGUCUAAACUCUCCCCAUUUCAAUACAGCCUCUACAUCAGUGAUGUUGAACUAAAGUAGAAAUGAGGAACACUUAACCAUACAGAAGGCUCCUGGUGGACCUCAUACUAACUUAGAAAACCACAAAUUAACAUUAUCUGCACUUUACUUUGAGGCAGCUAGGUGGCACAGUGGACAGAGUGCUAGGUCCAGAAUUAUGAAGUCAUCUUUCUCAAUUCAAAUCUGGCCUCAGACACUUACUAACUGUGUGACCUUGGGCAAGGCAAGUAACUUAACUGUUUGCCUCAGCUUUCUCAUCUGUAAAAUGAGCUGGAGAAGGAUAUGG